AUGUCUUUUGAUCCCAUGCACGAUGAGCUUAUGCGAGCGGUGCAGGAAGCAACAGAAGAGGGCAUCAGGCAGGCAGGCCACGAUGUGCGGAUCAGCCACGUGAGCCGAUGUAUCCAGGAGGUCAUGGAAGCGGCCGAGGUACAUAGACCGGACGGAAAGGUCUUGCCGGUGAAGGUGAUCAAGAACCUCACGGGGCACCUCAUUGGUCCUUACAAGAUCCAUGCAGGAAAGUCUUUACCAUCGGUGAACACGGGGGACCAGACACGGAUGCUGGCCGGAGAGUUGUGGGCAGUGGAAACCUUUGGCUCCGUGGGCGGCUUCGGCUACGUGGGCAACGGAGGCAACUGCUCGCACUUCAUGCGCCCAUCGAGCGCAGCACCGACAUGGCAAAGCCCAAUGCUGAGCUCCAAAGCGAUCAGUCUGCUGGAACUCAUCGACCGGCGUUUCGGCACCUUAGCCUUCUGCCCACGCUGGCUCGUGCAGGAGGGGGAUCGCAGCAAGAUGAAGAUGGCCAAAGGUAGCCAGAUGUGGUGGUCUGCUCCCUUAGAUGAGCUUUGCAACCUCGGAGUGGUGAAUAGGUAUCCUCCCCUGGCCGACCUUCAGGGCUCCUACACCGCGCAGUAUGAGCAUACCAUCUUGCUGGGGAGCUCGGGGAAGGAGGUCUUGACGCGUGGAACGGACUAUUGAGCCCUUUCCGUCUUCUCAGAGACUUGGAUGCAGUGAUGCAGGAUGAUCUGUACAACUCCUUCACGGUGCCCCUGUGUUUUGAUUCCCCGACAUGAUCUGUAGCCCGCACCUCCAAUGUGAAGGCUUUGCUUCGGGUCUGGACCCCUAAUUAUCGUCUCGAGGUUCAGAAGGUCCGACCCCUGCCAUGAGGUCGAGCCCGUAUGGAUUCUUGAGGCCCUACGAUGGAUUCUUGAGGCCCUAUAGGACCUAACCCCCUGUACCCCGGAUUGAUGUUUGGCUGUGGGGCGCGACAAGCAGUCCACAAGUGGUCUUUGGUCAAGGAAACCGACACCGUUUCCGGUGGAUUCGUC